AUGUAUACUGGAUGGAGUCAACGUAUGAAUGCGGUCAGUCGACUGCGUUGGUAUAAUGUGAACGACUUGACUGACUGUUGUCAUCAACUACGCACGCUUCUUUUAUCACCCGAUUUCCUCGAAAAUGUUGUAGCUCAAGAUGUACGGCCUUAUCAACACCAACACAUCUUUCAUCUAUUACGAGGCGGUGAAUGUCCUGCAUCCCAUCUUCGCCGUUUUCCUUUGGAUGUCUUGUAUGUGUGUGAAGGCAUAGGUGAUUGGGGUCUCCGUGUAGAUCGAUUGCAAAUGGCCAUGAAUUUGGCCUUGUUCCCCGAAAGAUUGGAUCGUGCCUAUCCCAACAUCCAAACACCAGGCGAUGCCGACUUGACCGUCUUUGAUGCAUUACAUGAUAUAUUGGAAGCCAUUGGUGGUAUGGUUGAUCUCAUUGAUCGAAAUGAAUUUGAAGAGCGAUAUCAUUUAAACUGGAUUCCGGCAGCACAUCAUCAUCAUCAUCAUCCACAUCAGUCCACCACCACCACCACCACCACAGCAGCAGGAACCGGUCGUGGUGGUCAUCAUCAUCAUUUUUACCCACCACCUCCUCCCCAACAAAAUUAA